CUCAUCAUUGCCCACGCGAAUCCUGAGUAUCAUUGCCCACGCCUAUGUCGCUUAACGGACGGGAGACUUCAGGAUAUAAAACGUAGGCAGCGAUAUCAAGACUGAAAGCAGAAGGACACACAGGAAGAGGGAAUGAGGAUGAUGUUUAUCCUUUCCCACGUGCCCAGUGCCACACCGUGAUGUGUCACGACACCUAAACCCACACAGGCACACACACACAAAGAGAGAGAGAGACACACAGAGACACACACACAUAAGAAACAGGAUGAAAGCGGGCAAGAAUGGAUGUGUAUUUCAUUCGUGCCGUGUCUCUCACCUCUCUCAUUGCAAAAGAGAGGUGCCCCCGGCGAUGCUGCCUGACGCGCAGCAGCUGAGCGCGGGGCCUCCACACUUGGUGGAGUGUUCGGCAUGCAGGACGUGGAUGACGGGCGGCGUGUGGGCGGCCGAGACAAACUAAUUCAGCCUCUUUACCACGGAAAGGCAGUGCAAUUCAAAGAAACGGAAUGAGGCGGCUCCUUUAAGAUGGGACAGAAACCAUUUUGAAAGUGAGAACAUUCUUUUCAGCUGUGUACGUGUACCGACGUACCCUCACAGAAAUUCCUCCGAGGUUCAUCCACACGGUCGCUGUCCUGGGAGAGAGCGGCGACAGGGGACACGGCCGCCGCAGCACCACCAUCAUUCUCAUUUCGUCCACCGCCAGCUGCAGGAACACUGGGCGAAAGGCUGCUUGCAGAGCCGUCCCAUUGCUCCCGAGGUGGUGUUGCGCGGCUGCAGCACCACUGCGAGCACCACCAGCAGGACCAGCACCCUCAACACCCCUUGUUCCUCGACGCACACGCAGCCGCCUGCGGCCGUUGACCUCGGUAGAUGGCUGGGCGGCAGCCGCUGCUGCUGCGGAUGAGCGGGACGUCGCGUCCUCGUCCUCAAUUUCCGGACCUUCCUCCGCAUCCCAGCUUCUCACACUCCUCUGUACACAUCACAUACAUAUGCACACGCAGAAGACACACGUCUUUGCUCACAUCACCAUCCAUAUGCCUGUGUGCAUCCCGACCACUACUCACCUGGCGCUCGGGCGUGUGGUACUGAUCCGCCUGGCCUGGCUCCCCCGUCGUCCUCUCCGCUUGGCCUCCUUCCGCUGCGGCGGCUGCUGAGGUGGAGGCAGCGGCUGCUGGUGCGGCUGGGGUUGGGGCUGGAGAGGCUGCAGCUGAUGCUGCGGGACCGCUGCCUGCCCCCUGCUCGUCCUCCCUCCCCCUCUUUCGCUCCUCGCCCGUGGAGGUGUACCGAUGAACCCCCACAGACAUUCCCGCGGCCCUCAACUGAGCGAU